AGCUGAGAGGAGCGGAGCAGUGACUGAGAAACAGAGGCAGGCUGCUGCCUUGUCGGCUGUCUCUAUGCAGGGGACGAUUUUUUAAUAAACUUUUCAUCUGCUAUUUUAAAUCACCUGGGACGUCAGGGAGUAUUUUUUUUUUUUUUUUAGUUUUUUUUUUUUCUUCCCGACGCAGCCUCAGAGGAACAUGAGCAUGAGCAUCACACGGCUGGAGACCUGAAGAAGAGUCGCGGGUCUGCAGGAGGGAAAGAAGAUGCCUCAUGGACCGCUCCAUCACCGCCAGUGCGCUAGUUCAGGGCAUCCCAGCCGCCGAAUAACGAAGAAAUGCCGAGGUUUAGCGUCAGAUGGAUGGUGGCGGUGCUGUUGAUUGCGGUGGUCGGCGGCUCUUUUUUCUUCUGCGAGUAUCUCAUCUACUUCCCCACCAUCCUCAAGUGCGGCUGGCCGGAGAGCAGCCAUGCGCGGGCCGGCGGAGAGGGCAUCGACGGCCGGUCAGCGGACUCAUCGGUCCGCGCCAUGGUGCUGUCAGACACCCACCUCCUGGGAGCCGUGGGGGGACAUUGGUUUGACAAGCUGAGGAGGGAAUGGCAGAUGGAGAGGGCUUUCCAAACCGCUUUGUGGCUGCUCAGGCCUGAAAUAGUGUUUAUUCUCGGGGAUAUCUUCGACGAAGGCAAGUGGAGCUCACAGAAGCACUGGGAGGAUGACGUGCGCCGCUUCCACAGGAUGUUCAGACACACCACUGACACAGAACUGGUCGUACUGGUUGGGAACCACGACAUCGGUUUCCAUUAUGAGAUGGACUGGUUCAAGCUGCAGCGCUUCGAGAAGGUCUUCAACGCCUCCUCCACCCGGAUCGUCACCAAAAAGGGAGUGAAUUUUCUGCUGGUGAACAGCGUGGCCCUGCACGGUGACGGAUGUCCUAUCUGCCAGUCUGUGGAGAAGGAGCUGAUCAAACUCUCCAGAGAACUCAACUGUUCCCUUCAGAACUCUCAGACGGGCAGCGCAGUGAUGGACAGCUGCGAGGGCUCGCAGCUCUAUCCUCCAACGCCCCCCAUCAUGCUGCAGCACUAUCCUCUGUACAGAGUGAGCGACGCCAGCUGCUCAGGUCAGGAUGCUGCACCUCCUGAAGAGCGACACCUGCUGUUCAGAGAGAAGUAUGACGUGUUGUCUAAGGAGGCCUCACAGAGGCUGCUGCAGUGGUUUAAGCCCCGCCUCAUACUGAGUGGACACACCCACAGCGGAUGUGAGGUUCUCCAUGACAACAAGUACCCAGAAAUCAGCGUGCCAUCCUUCAGCUGGAGGAACAGAAACAACCCUAGCUUCAUCCUGGCAUCGGUGUCCCCCAGCAGCUACUCUCUGUCCAAGUGUUUCCUGCCUGAGGAGAGCACGGUGAUUGGGGUUUACUGCUCGGCCGGCGCCUGCAUGCUGCUGCUCUUCCUCGCUCACUGUAUGUGGAUGAAAGGCCUGCUGCAGUGCCUCAGCCUCUGCCUGCUGGGCAAGCACAAGUCCCUGUGAACUACAUUACCCAGAGUGCACCACGCUCCAGGACUGAGCCAUGACAUGACUAGAGUUUGAUAAAUACUUGAUGUGAGGAUUUUGCAAAGUGUGACGUUGUGUCCUCCACCUCUGAACGGGUCCAAAAAUCUGUUUCCUAGACCUGGAUUUGUUCGUCCAAAUGUUUAGAGGCACUUUGAAGGACUGGAGUUUAUAUUUGAGAUGUUUUUAAAAGGACUCAACGUUUGUUUCCUGCUGACAUUGUGGAUAAUUAUGUGAACAUAGCCUUUGAUCAGGGAGCAGAAGUGUGUCAUAUUGUUGUCAAAAAUCAUCCCUGGUGUUUGUUUGCUUAGGAAUGCCAAACGGGUGAAAUUUUAGAAAAGUCAAUCAUCACUUAUUUUAUAAAAACUUUCCUGUUUUUAGUGGCAUUAAAUGAGCCAGAUGAAACCAGAACACAUGUAAAUAGUACCUGUCCCUCGUCUGAUUUAAGGUGGAGCAAAGUCAGAUGUUGGUUUUUCCGUCUCUUCACUCUCAUGUUUAUUGUGAUCUGAUGUGAACACUCACUUUCUGUUGUUGAUGUCUGAUAAUCCAUCCAGGUUUCUCGUUGUUUUUAUGAUGCAUAUCUUAGUAUAUUUAUUGCUGACUUUAUGUGCCAAAUGUUUGUGAGGGUUUUUUGCCAAAUGUUUAUGAUGAACUGUAAAUAUUAAAUCAGAAUCUUAAAUUCUGUUUUUAGCGAGUCAUGGUGUCAGCUAGAGGUCGAUGUGCACAAAGACUCAGUCAAAUCACUCUAUCACUUUAUGGAUGAAAUAGUAAAUGUCAUGGGAUGUUUAGAGUCUGAG